UAUUUGGCAACUCAUUGGAUCCACAUGUGGUCCUUUUCAGGCGUACAUCAGCUGGUCGCAAGUCAUACUUGUUCACUUCCACUUGGUUUACUUUGGUCAGAACUGUAAACGGAACUGAAAUUUUGGUCACCCUAACUAUUGGUUCCUGUAAAUUAGCAGGAUAAUUUGUUCAUCAAUUCAGUUAGUCGAAAAACCGAACACCUUUCCCUCCCUUGGAGCAUCCCAUCCAGCCUAUAACAACCUCACCCAUGGGCAUUACUUGCAUGACAAGACAGAAACCCAAAAACAUAAACAUAUGCACUAGCAUUAUGCUACUACAACUGUUUUCUGUCAUCAAAAAAAUACUUGCAUGCAAAUUUAUACUCCAUGCAAAUUUAUACAUUAAAUUUGUCUGGGCAGAUCCGUGGUAAUGCGGCCCAGUCGGCCCAUUGUCUACCCAUCUGUUUGAUCCAUUUAAGAUCAGAAGAAAGGGUACCCUCAAAAAAAAAAGAUCAGAAGGGGGCAAGACCUAGAUCCCAUCCUUCCAUCCCAGUUCUCCCAGCCGCCAGUCCUGGCCGCCGCAGUAACCGAUUCGAUUCGUCGAGUCCUCCCCUGCUGCAGUGACAGGGCAGGUAAAUGAGGGCGGCGCGGCAGUUCGUGAACGUGGUGAUGCGCACAGGCACCACCUACUCGGUGAGCCGCAUCAAGCCUGAGGAGAAGCUCUUCUACGCAUCCGUAGAGGAAGCGCGAGCCGCGGCGGCGCCCAAGAAGAAGAUUCCGGCCCUGUCGAGGAUGCCCGCGCCCAAGCUCAGGCUCGAGGCGUACCGCCUGGACGACAUGCGGCUCGAUUUCCUGCCCUUGUACGGGCGAGGCGGCGGCGGCGACAGCAGCGGCGCGGUCCUCUCCGUCGACUCGGCAGGCCACACCAUCCUCUGCGACGCGAGCUCGGGCUGCGUCCAGCCUGCCCCCAACCUCGGCGAGCCCAAGGGGGACAGCCCCAUCUCGUUCACCAUCGCUCGCGCCGGCGGCCCCGACCCCCGCGUCGCCGUGGCUCUGUACGUCAUGGACAGGUUCCCCACCGGCCGCAGCUCCUGCAGCUUCGAGUCCCUCGCCUACGGCGAGAACAGCUGCUGGGAGUGGAGCCGGCUCCCGCCGCCGCCCUACGUCAACGACCCGGCCUACGACUGCACCGCUAUCCACUCCUACACGCUGCUCAAUGCAGGCUCCACCAUCUGCGUAUCCUCCUCCGGGCGCAGCCCCGUCGGGACCUACUGCUUCGACACGGCUAGCCGCCAGUGGAGGAAGGCUGGCCGCUGGGCGCUGCCCUUCUGCGGCAGGGCCGAGCAUGUCCCCGAGCUUGGCAACCUCUGGUUCGGCAUGGCUGACAGCAGCCCCAACAACCUGUGCGCGUCGGACCUCUCCAGCCUCGACGACGGGGCUCCCAGGAUGCUACGCGAGUGGCAAGUCCUAGACCCGCCUCGGGGCUGGGUGCAAAUAAGGGGCUGCCUGCUCUACCUGGGAGCCGGCAGGUUUUGCAUCAACAAAGUUUUCGACAUUGGGGUCGAGGGCAGGACCAAGAGUGACAAGCAGGCUGCUGUCAUCACCGGUGUGGAGGUGGUACAUGAUGAAACAGCCCAACUCCAGAUGAUCAAGCACAAGUCCUGUGUCAGCUAUGCAGGCAUCCAGUGUAUCCUUUAGAUCAAUAGUGCUCCUCCCAUAUGAGUUGUUUUCUUCUUUCUCUAACCAUGUUCUUAGACUGCGGCAGUUCACAGCACCAUGUAUAUUAAUUGUGCUCAGUUCCUUCUUAUAUGUAUGAUACAGUUUGCUGUUCCAACUUCA